AUGGCAAGUCUUGUCGCCAAGUGGGUUAGCAAGAAGAUCUUGGCGGAAAGGGUCGAGAACAAAUUUGGACGCGAGGAUCCUUACUUCGAGACAGUACCUGCCACCAGACUUGAUGGACGCCCUAGCGGUAAAGUUAAGAAGCGGAGAAAGGCUUUGCCGCCUGGCAUCUCUCCAAAGGAUGGCGAGGUUUUAACUAAGGUCAAAAGACGAGCUUACCGUCUUGACAUGUCUUUAUUCAGCCUCUGCGGUGUCCGUUUCGGUUGGAGCAGCGUUAUUGGUCUUGUCCCUGCUAUCGGUGAUGCUCUUGACGCAUUCAUGGCGUUAAUGGUGUUCAAGACUUGUAAUAAGAUUGAUGGCGGACUUCCAGGAUCGCUUAAGACGAAAAUGCUGUUCAACAUUAUUGUUGACUUCGCCAUUGGUCUCGUGCCCUUUGUGGGAGACAUCGCUGACGCUGCCUUUCGCUGUAACACCAAGAACGCCAUUCUUCUUGAAGACUAUCUUCGCGAACAAGGAAAGAAGAAUCUUCGACGAACUGGAACACCUCUACCAGCGGUUGACCCAAGCGAGGCAGACGAAUUUGACCGUUGGCAAGAUGAACAUACGCCGCCUGCGUACGUUGAAGAGGAACCGCGCCGGCAUGCACAUAUGGCGGCCAGCAGUGGGGGUGCUCGCCAACAUUCUUAUAACGAACGCACCCCGACUGCUCCUGCUCCUGCUAAGACCCGGGACAGUCGUUCUGGUGCAAGCCGAGGCUGGUUUGGAUUCGGUCGUUCCAAAGUUCAGGACGAGGAGAUGGGUCGUGAGAGCCGCGAUCGAAGGGACAGACCUGCUCAGCAAGCCUCGCGCCGCUAA